CGCGAUCGAAACCGAAGCACGAAUUAAUCAUCCCGGUUCAGCCCUCUCCAGGCGCUCCACCCCGCGUCGCGGACCCCCGACCCGCCCCCCGCCUCGUCCUGUUCGCGUCCCCCUUUCCCCGCGUGUGCGUUGGCCGGCUGGUUCCGGAUGAGGGGGUUGCUGUCGGUGGAGGCCGCUGGCGCGGCGUCGUCGUCGGCCUCGGCCUCGGUGCUCAACGGCGCCGUGGACUGGUGGCGCGACGUCAACGAGUCGCCGCUGUGGCAGGACCGCAUCUUCCACGCGCUCGCCGUGCUCUACGGCAUCGUCUCCGCCGUCGCGCUGGUCCAAUUGAUCAGAAUCGAGUGCAGGGUGCCAGAGUAUGGGUGGACGACGCAGAAAGUGUUCCAUUUCCUAAACUUCCUCGUGAACGGCGUGAGGUCUGCCGUGUUCGUGCUGCGGCGGAAUGUGCAACUCGUAGAGCCUGAGAUAAUACAGCAUGUGCUUCUAGAUAUGCCUGGGCUUGCAUUCUUCACAACAUAUGCACUUCUAGUGCUCUUCUGGGCAGAGAUUUAUUAUCAGGCACGUGCAAUGUCCACUGAUGGGCUUAGACCAACUUUCUAUUGGAUCAAUAGCGUGGUUUAUGCAAUUCAGAUAAUCCUAUGGUUGGUUUUGUGGUGGAAACCAGUUCGAAUUAUGGUCAUCUUGUCAAAGAUGUUCUUUGCAGGUGUAUCACUAUUUGCAGCCCUCGGGUUUGUUCUCUAUGGAGGAAGGUUGUUCAUGAUGUUGCAGCGUUUUCCUGUAGAAUCAAAAGGAAGACGAAAGAAAUUGCAGGAGGUUGGGUAUGUGACUACCAUAUGCUUUUCUUGUUUCUUGAUCAGAUGCGUCAUGAUGUGCCUUAAUGCGUUUGAUAAAGCAGCAGAUCUUGAUGUUCUGAACCAUCCAAUCCUGAACUUCUUCUAUUACCUGCUGGUUGAGAUAGUGCCUUCAGCUCUGGUGCUCUUCAUUCUACGGAAACUGCCUCCAAAGCGUGGGAUCACACAAUACCACCCGAUCCAUUAGAGAGCAGGCCUUGGGAACAGGCAAAGGUUUUCUGGUGGAUAGUGUUACACAACGUGGUAAAUACAGAAGGGAGAGUGAAAAGUACCACUCGAGCUUUGCCCAGCUUUUUAUACGGAAGUCUUUAGAAUCCCAGGUUGAAAUUGUGUGUAAAAUUGCGAUCUCUUUCACUAAGAUUUAGAAAAUGUAACUUAUAUAACUUUGUUAUUCUCAGUGCGUAUCAUCUGUUCACAUUGC